CUGUUCAGCAUGCUGGCCAGAAUGACAGUGGGCAGAAUGGAUCCCCAACCCGACUCCACGAUCACCACACCGAGGAUCUCCCCUUUCUGCUUCUCUACAUACAACUGGAAAACAAUCAAAGCUUCUGUUACAUUUUUCAUAUCUGAGUUUAGAAGAUAUGUGAGAUUCUAACUGAUACAGCCAUUCAUAUUUACGAAAUCCAUUACUCUUAAUCUACAAUUCAUGUGAAGAGGAAUGAAAUAUGUUGAACCUCUUUACAGUUGUCUGAGUUUGAGAAAUGGACAAGGUCAUCGUGGUACAUUUCCUGGGAGUUGAUGAUGUCACUGUAUUGUUUCUGGCUCAGGUCAGUCGGGUUGAUGCCAUUGGCUCGCAGGAACUCUCUGUAGGCCACGCUAAAAGCUUGACCAAUGGACUGUGCGAUAAGCUGUGCCUGUGGGAAGGGGAGAAAUUAAGGGGGGAACCACUCAGCGAGAAGGCUUUCCCAGAUGACAACAACAAGGAGAAACAGCAUUCAGAAAUUUACAUGGUGUUUAAAAAAAAACAAAAACAAAGAAAAAUGUAUUUCAAUGAAAAACAAUGCGUGUCUGCUUACAUCCUCAGACUCAAAGACAUAGCAGAUCAUCCUGUACUGAUUUUUCCCUUCACCGGAGGAGUCUGCGGAUUCAGAGAAAUCCUCCGAUGAGGCCUGAGACAUGCGCAUACGUGCCAUCAGAACCACAAUGCUGCCAAUGUCAGCGAUGUAGGAGAUGGUUCGCAAGGCACUGUCCAUCAUCGUCUCCUAUAUGGACAAAAAAAACGUCAAUCAUUACUUACAGCGCCUGGAAAUAGAUUGACUGACAUAUUUUACACUGAGGAGGAUACACUUGAACAUAGAUCUGACCUGUGUGUCAGCAUUCAGCACUUUGACAGCCUUGGUUGAGAUAAAUAGGUCAACCUCUGUCAUCAUUUGAGAGUCUUCAUCUUGGCUCUAGGAAAUAAACAGUGUAUCAGGCAGUUGGAGUUUCGCAUGUUAAGUCCACAAUGCAGUGUUUCUUCUUAUUACCCAAACACUAACAUUGGCAAGUGAGCACCAAGAGCAUGCAGCAGCUCCACCGUGUGGUCAAAAUUGAUUCUGCUGCUUAAAGUAAGCCUCACAAACAUAAUGGCAAAAUAGAUAAAAUAGAUACAAAAACAAAAUUACUUCAACCUGCAAACACACCUUUAAGGUUUAGCAACAGGUCUUUAUCGUUAUUACUUUGAUGGCUGAAGCAGAAAAAGGACCCGCCUUAUGAUAAAAAUCAUAGAUGUAGAUCAUCCUCAACAGACCAGCAGGGAGAGGGUGUACAGUAAUCUCUUUGAUUUGACUGAAACAUCUAUAAAAAUGGAGAUUACCUUAAUACGACUGACAGCUUCGUGGGCCUGGGACAUGCGGACAGACUUGGAUGGGUUUUUAUCAGACAACACCUGAGUGCAGCCAAGGUAGUUUGCAGCAAAGAUGAUUCCAUCAAUAAGAUCCUCUGGCUCACAUGGACCUGGGACUGGGCAAAGGGAGAAGGAAAUAAUCUGCGCAAUAAAUUGGGAAAACUAUAAAAUUCAAGAACUUAAUUUGAGGAUAAUUACCAUCUUCAAAACUGGGGAACGCAGCAGCCUCUUGUGUUUUCUUAAAGACAAGUUGACAAGUUCAUUAGUAAGGCGGAAAUCUUGAAAACAUUUUCAUGGUAAUAGUCCAGUAUACAAUCAGAAAUUAUCGUUUAAGCUUAAGCAUUAAUUCACUUCAGGUGCGAAUGAGGAAAAUCUAAUCAUAGAGCAGAGGAGAAAUAGAUGGUGGCAAAAAUAAGUGUUACAUUAGAUCAGAUAUGUCAACUGAAACUUUCAGUCCUUACCUUGGGUGAGUUGCUCUCCUCCGCAGGGACGAGUUCUGGACACUGAGGCCUCUGUGGCUGCUCCGGCAGCUCCUCGGGUAUCACAGCUGUACUCAAUGGCUUCUCACCCUGUUGUGUGCAAACAUCUGCUUUAAUGGAGGCUUUUCAACCAGGUUUCAAAUGUUUCUUGUUUUCUAGAGUAGAUGCUAAUCCCACAGGCAUUGAAGACUAUCUGUAACCAGGGAUGCUAUCAAACUCUUUCUUAUUUCACCGUUGAAUUGGAUGAUUGUGCAGAGACAAGAACAAGCAUGAGCCACAAAGGAUUAGAUGUUACAAAGACCUGCUCUGUUUGUUACCUGCUGGGGGUUUUCUGGCCAUCUCUGCUUCUCCUCAAGUGGCUCCCUCUGUUGUUGCUGCUGCUGUGUGUGGAGAGGAGCCAGGGAUUGUUUAAUAACCCUGAUGUCGCCUUCCUUGCUGUUAGAGGAUGCAGGACAGGGCUUGGGGGGCUCUUUACGAGGCUGGGGCUUCUGAGUGUCUGUGGGUGACUGAGCGCUUGACUGACGAGGCUGCACAGCGGGAUGUUGCUUACCAGAGUUGGGCCUAGCUUUGGUGCGCACAGCGGCUUUUUUGCAGUCCUUUGUCAGAGUCUUUGGACGCUGUUCUGUGCCGCUUGUGGAGCACCCUUUGACCCCAACAUGUUCAACGUUCUCACCUGCUCCCCUUCGCCCCCGUCCUUUGACCUGCCUUUCUUUCUCCUUGUGAGGCGGCUCACACUUUUUACUGGCCCCUGGUAUAUUAUGGUUUCUUGCAAGUUGAGUGUCAUCCUCUCUUUCUCUUUCGUUGCCCCCUUUUCUAACUCUUUCAUUCUCAUUGUCCUGAUAAGUGAUAGUCUGCCUUUGUUCACUCUCCUCAGUUUCUUCUAAAUCCUCGAUAAAUUUGGCCCCAUCCAGCACCUCCUCUAUCUCAUCUCCAUCACUGAAGAAGAACCUGUUCUCUUGGCCUUUCCCAAUUUCUCUACCUGCUUCAUCCGCAGCGGUCGGGACACAAUGUGACCUAAAGCGAUGGCUUGUCUUGUGAGCUUUAGUGUCUGCUUGUGAUCCCUCACGUACCUCAGUGCCAUGAUGAGGCCUUUGGGUGAAGUGGUCACUGCUGUUCUCAUUGAUAUCAUCACCUUUGGUAGGCUUAAUAAAGCCCCCACCCUCAGGAGAGAACUGUUUGUAGUAUCUCAUGUCCACCACACUCUCUUUGUUCAGAUGCAGCACCUCAUCGUAGUCCUGCUCCACAUCGGAGCCCACGUUGUCAUACUCAGAGCAGGUGUCCUCCAUGUCCUCAGGACUGGGGUCACAGCUCAUGUAAUACUGGUUUUCAGGGAGGACAGGAGUCAGCUGUUCAUUAUCAUCAUCCUUCAAGGUACACUGUGGUUGUUCAGACACCUCCCUUGCCAGACCUUGCUGCUCUUCCUGGCUCUGUUUAAUGAGUCCUGGACCGGGACACGGUGGAGGGUUGGGGGCCAAUAUUUUGGAGAUGGUUCCUGGCUUUUUUCCAUGAGCCAUAACUGGCCCCGUACGCCCACUGCCCUCAACCCUGUGGAUAUUAAUAGAUGGACAGAAUUAGAUAUUUGAGAUACUUGCAGUAUGCUCCCUCACUUGAUAUCUUAACGCUUGUGUAUCCUCCUAAUACUUUAAUUUUUGGUCAUGUGCAAUCAGAGGAAAUUACUUUUUAAAUAGCCAAACAUUUAUAGUCAAACAAAAUAUCUUAACUUAAAGGACAAGCUAACACUCAAACGUUAAAGCUGAUUUAUUAUGUGUGCUCUAAUUUUUGGCAUCCUGCAGUUAAAAAGGUUUUAACUUCAGGUAGGUAAGUUUUGCAGUUUUGCAAACAUUGUUACCUUAUCUUUUUGGAGGACAACCUGACAAGCUAAACCUCAAACACUCAUAUCAUGUAGCUUAAGUGGAUUUACAGUUUUAUGAUUUCUUUGCUUUCCAAGGACACUAAAUGUGGAGGAGCUUCUCUGAAUGGGUGUUUGCUCUGACUAACGCAAAGAAUGUUGUCUUUGAAUAUCUUUGCAUUUUGGACAUUAGAAAAAGAAAAAAAAUGCUCUUGGGAAAUACUAUUUCUACUUAAGACAAUAAAUGCAUAACAAUAGGGGAGAGUGGGGUAAGUUGAGCCAUAGGAUAAGUUGAGCCACCCCCUGUUGCUUGGAAAUGGUAAAAGAAAUUGAUCAUUUGACCAAAUAUACAGGAGAUUUUUUUUUUUUUCUCAAAAAUACAGCUGUGAAUGCUCUGAAUCACUUAAAGGCAUUCUCAUGUUAAAAUGACUUUUUACAAAACAGCUUUUUAGCAGUUAUAUGCAUUAAUAAUAAAAAUAAUUAUUGUACCAGUUGAGUAUCAUAUAAUAGAUAAAAAUACACAUGAAUGUGAAUAAGUGACUGUUAUUUAGGGAAAGAGAAGGUGAGGGAGGGCUGGGGUUGAGAGUGCAGGAAGGAGGGGAUAUGGCUCAACUUACCCCGUUCCUAUGGUCAACUUACCCCAUACACAGGGUAAGUUGACCAUAGGUGACCACUUUUUUUUGGCAUGCUAUACUAUCAAGACAGUUAUGGUUACACUCAUUCUGUUGGUUUGCAGGGAUGAACAACAUCUUGAAAUAUAUGCAGAUACACUAGUUAGAGACAAAACUAUGAUUGACUUGAUGUAGUGAUCUGAAAUAUGAAAAAUGGCUCAUCUUACCCCACUCUGCCCAUAUGAAUUUAGCUUGACUGAUAAGAAAACAAUGACAUUUUUGUCGAUUCUCAAAUAUUGCAACCUACAAAGGGGUUUUAAAACAAAUCCCUCCUAUCAACAAAAUGACCAUGAAACUUGAAACACAAUAAGAAGCACAAAUGCAGAACACAAUGUGUUAUUAUUCCUCACAGAAGAAAAGCACACCCACCCAGGAAAGUGGGCUGAAAAUGUGAUACAUGUGUUAUUAGCAUAAGAAUCAAGGCUGAUCCCUUCACUAGUACUUGAUGUAAUUUAGAUAUCAGACUGUACACAGUGUUAUGAUACACGCCCUGAACAAACACGUCAACACCCUCAUUUAUACAUGAGCCAUCUCAGCGUGGAAAAAACACUUCGUCUGAGUUGUUUGGGCGCAACCAUUUGGGGAUGAUUUGGGGUUUUUCACUACAAACAUAAUAAAUCCUACCCGUGUAGUGUAGAUAAUGCGACUGAGAUUAUGGUAUUACGAGGGGAAAAAAAGACAUAAUCCCUUCAGAUCACCUCCAAUAACACGCGGACCUAAUCAUGACCUCUCCAUGGUGCUGAACUGCUAAUUAAAAACAAUAGGAGUCGGAAUAGACUUGGUUGGGUGGAGGUCCAGUUUUAAUCGGAAUAACAUAACACGCAUCCUGCCCUGCCCUCUGCGUCUACUGAGGUGGUCUUUUAACAACCAAAUACGCAGAAGUUUUGCCGCAGCUGCAGGAGUGGUUAUUGUGGUUGCUCUGGUUUCCCUACAAGUGGACGCCGCAAUCCCAUCCGGACAAAUAUCGAUAAGAUAAUCCGAUAUAAUAAGGCUUUCCUACGCACUUAGUCCACAGCGAUGAGGCUGACUCCGUCCUCAAACACUACUCCUUCUCCCAUCUGGUUGCAAUAUUAUCCUGCUACUGCAAUUCACAUCGACCUUGAUUUGAAGCAUCGAGACUGCACCAUGCUGACAUCCAGUUUAUGGGCUGAUGUUGUAGCAGCAGACAUUCAGCAUUGUCCUCAGCCCUGUUAUCGGAGGCAGGAUAGGCCUUUGUGCAUCUCUUCAACCUUAUUUUACAGCUGUGCUCAGAUACAUCACCGCGGUACUCACCAACAUCCGUGCUGUCGGUGGCCUUCCUCUGGAAAUGCCCGUGUGCCGAUCAGAUCAGAUUGCUGUCCGGAAUGGUGAUUUUUGAAUAAAAGCCGCACAGCAGCCCUGGAACCUGUGUAGAAAAUACACCCCCCAUCAUGCUGCUGCGCUCUGUUUCCCAACAAAUAACUCAAGAGAUGCGUACAGAGGAAAGAGAACAAUAAUGUCAAAACUGUUAACCUAUAUCACACAUUUUUAAAGCCAAAAGGAAGAUAUUUCUUUGACAUCAACAGUUUAAUUGGGUGGGAUGUAGAAAGUAUAAUACAUUACGUGCAUAUCUUUGAAUCUACGUGGAUUAAUCAAUCUUACUCUAAAAUGUGUAUAUAUACAUAUAAGUAUGAUAAAAGUGUACUAUUUCCGAUUCAAAGUGCUACCGCUUUUCAAAUUUAGUAAGAAAAAAAUAUCGAUGUUGUUGGGACCGAUUAUUCCACCCUUACAGACGCUCUGCGCUCUGCUUGUUAUGCCUGAGAAGUAGUGAUGGGCUCGGCAGUUCUUUUAGAUGUACUGAAUCACUAGAAUCGGUUCACUGAAAAGAUUCGUUCAAAAGAUUCGUUCAUCAAAACACCAAAUCUGGGACCAGGAGAUGAGAGUGUUUGGCUGUGUUGCUUUGGCAAACCGGUUUGUAAAAAUGAACUUGUUUAUAGGUCAUUAGUUUUAAGUGUACUGUCCUAUGGUGUGCUAUUUCUCAGGUCUGCUCAGUAAAUUGGAGUCAGUUCACAGAAGGUUUAGAGGAAUUCACACUGAACAUGCACCGUUCCCUCACAAACCGCUGCAAUGAUAGAAUGCUGCGGGUUUAAUGCACUAUUUGUUACAUGCUGUGUCCCAUUGUAUGCAAGUUGUUGUAAUGGCAAUUUAGUAGUUAAAAAAAGGUAGUUUUGUCCAACAAAAAUUAUUACAGAGAGUGUAGUGUGAUUCAGGUGUUGGUGCAUGCCCUCCCUCGCUCACUGGCUGCUGGCCUGGCAAUGCUGUUUCUCACUUCAGCUCAACUGAAGUGAGAAACGAACGAAAUACUCGAGGAAGUGAUUCGGUUCUUUUGAACGAAUCGUUCGCGAACGAAACAACACUAGCCUGAGAAGCGGGAUUGUUGCACAGACUAUGGAUUGUUGUCUUGCUACUCUUGCCGCUAUGAUAACGUGUGUCUUAAACCGUAGACGGUCGUCAUGACAAUAAGUUUGGCGUUUUCGGAGACUUCCGAGCAUUGUCAAAAUGCAAAAUAGGUAGGAAAGAAAUGAAUAAGUGCAACUUUCCAAGUUAGCGUUAGCAUUAUCAGUCAGCUAAACCCGUUAGCUUUACUCCGGCUAGUCCUGCUCAGAGAGACACAAAUCCAGACAUCGCAGAAGUUCUCAUCGAUCAACAACUCUUCCCACAUCAUGACCGAGAGAGCCGGUAAAGACUCGCCCAAGCGAAGGUUGUCAUUGUCUAAGAAUAAGAAGAAAGGCGGUGUCAAAGCUGGGGUUUCUGCCAGUGCUGCCACCACCACAACUCCCAUCACCUCUUUCUUCAGCAGCCAGCCUCCACCUCAGCUAGCCUGCCCGCUGUGUGGCCAACUGGUACCAAGAUUCAAGAUCAAUGAGCACAUCGAUUUACAAUGUCAGAACUUUGAGAGAGGGGACAGCAGUGCAGCCUCAGCAAGUAAAAGUGUUGUGCCAAGCAUCCAUCUGUCACCAAAGAGGAAUCCCCCAAAGUCCCCAGAGUUUGAUCCGAACAAGGAGGAAGAGGUGAAAGAGGCCAAGACCAGCCCUUAUUUUAAAAAGAAUAACUGUCAGCAGCAGGCACCUCGGGAGCUGAAAAGUACACGUGUGGUCAGGGCGCUUGACCUGGGAAGUCUGGCCUCUAAGUUAUCCAGAAAGCGUCAUACAGGGCAGGAGAAGACAGAGACAGAGGGUAAACAUGUGUCAACAUACCCUGAAAAGGAUAUGAGCCCAUCUGAUUUGCUCAGCAGCUCACAGAAAGAAAAUGUUCUCAUGCAGAGUGAAGAAAACAAAACAGGAUGUGAAACAGUCAUAGCAGCCAGUUUCAACACUCCAAAAACAGUGGAUCAUAAAUCAUGUCCAGAGAAAGGACAUGAACUUGAUCACAAAUCAAAUGAAUCUAAUACAGUCCAAACACUGGUUACACCAAAGCUGCGCUCCUCUUUCUCUAGACUUGCAAAGAGAAAAACUUCCACAGACCAAGCAUCUGUCUCCAGAAAGAAAGUAAAACAUGAAGGGAGCAGGGAAGAGUCGGAGAAACAGCCAUCAAGUGUAACUAUUGAAGAGAUGACUGAUACAAACCAACCUUCUACCUCCAGUACCUGUGACCCACCUCUGGAUUCAGAGAAGACAUGUGAGAAUAAGGCUGCAGUGAUAAAUAGUGAUUCCACUGCUGAGUCUGGUGAUGUGAACACUAACAGUGACCAGGCUGUCCAGAUCUCUCCUCCUCCACGACUCCCUUACUACCUGCGUAACUUCUGUACCGUGCUUGAGGCUGUCCUGGAGAAUGAGGAUGACAGAGCAUUGUUCGACCAGCAAGAUAUGUCAAUUAUUCAUGCAUUUGAGAAGCUCUCAGGUAUGCUGAAAUAACAUCUAACAUUAACUGUUACAAAAUGCAAGUAAGAAGCCUCAUCGCUCUCAUGUGUUUUUCUCUCUGAAGUCAUGGGGCAGAAGCUGUACGUGAGGCUCUUUCAGAGGAAACUGAAGUGGCUCCUUGUAAAUAAACUGGAUUAUGAGGAGAUAUGCAGUGAUCUGGGACCUGUCACUCAAGAGCUGGUCAACGCUGGUUUUCUACAGUCAGGUAAUUGAACCAUAAUGAUAUAUUCUGACAAAUCUGAACAUCUUUGGCUUUGGCUGCAAAACUCAGCCCUAAAUCAAGCCAAGCCCUCACCAGGUUUUUUGAAAGCACUGUAAAUGAAGUGUAUUUAAAUAUGUAUAAAUGUAAUUACAUAAUCCGAGAUGUAUCAUUUUCCGUCUUUUCUCAACGACUUCCUGUGCUUUCUCCUCAAAUUUAAAGAGAAUGAUCUUCAAGACUUGAGUGAAGCUCUGGAUCUCCUGCCUGCUCCUGAACUCAAAGCUCUGGCUAAGACUUUCCAUCUGGGGAACUCUGGGACUCAAAAACAACAGCUAGUGGAUGGGCUUCUCCGCCUUAGCAGGCAAAAGUCUUUCUUCUCCAUGACCCCUGCACAAAACAACAUUGGGACAGUCAUCCUGAAAAGGUGAGAUGAUGUGAUAUAUUAUGUUUAUUCACAGUAAUAGUUUAGCUGUGUUGACCUAAAUUAUGUUCUGCUUAUUAUAAAAGGGCGAGGCAGCUUGCAGGUUCCUGUGUGCGUCUGUGCCGUGGUCCCCGGGCUGUCUUUUCUCGAGUCCUUCUGCUCUUCUCUCUGACCGACACCAUGGACGAGGAGGAGAUGGCGGCUGGUGGGCAGAACCAGCUCUUCACUAUCCUGCUAGUUAACUCUGGACGUUUGGCCUUCCCAGAUUACAAAGUGCAGCGAAAAGCAAAGGUGUUCCUGGACAGAGAGGAUCUCAUCAGGUUAGGAUCAACUAAAAGUGUUUAAAUCAGGUUUAUUGUGUUUUAUCUUUACAUGACAGCCAGGGAUAAAUACUCUUACUCUGUCCAACAAAAAACAGAUAUGAAGUAUCCAUGCGAGCCCUGCUUGAGAUUGUCUCAGCCAUGCAAGGAGGUCAGUGGGAAGAGGCCAUGGAGCUUUAUACUGCUGCCAAAAGUGUCUGGCAGGAGCUGAAGGAAAGCCAUGACCUCAGGUGAAAUAAUCUUUUUAUUGAUUCUUCCUCCUCGAACCAAGAUACAGAUUCCAAAGAUAUUGUUUCAUGUUAACUUUAUUGCUAUGUGUACAGUCACUACGAGCAGCUUCCUGUGUACUUGCGGAGCUUCACGACAGGAUGGGCUUACACUCGAAUCUUAUCUCGAGGGGUGGAGAUCUUGCAGAAGCUUCGCCACUAUGAGGUUUCCAUUUCAAACUCUCUUUCAAAGGUUUUAUGAGGUUAAAGUAAAUCAUUGACAAACAGGCUUUAUAUAUGCAGUAUUUGAAGAUGUGAAACUUGAUUGUAGUCAUUUCUAGGCCUGGAAAAUUACAGAGACAAGUAUAUGGAGAAAUCUGAAUCAGCAUUAAAAUGUCAUUUUUCUUAUUGGUUCUUAUUUACUAUAGAGACCAAAAAUGUUGGGCAUUUGUCGGAAACUUACUUUUGCUAUGGGCAGGGAUCUCAGAGAGUGAAAUAUCCUCCAACAUUUUGCAUAGAAGUGAGGAAUGUACUGCUGUUAUGUGUAAACACAGCUCUAUUUUGAAAAAUACUACAUAGCUUAGAAACAGAUAAGGGUAAGAUAGUUGAUUGACAGUUGCAAAAGAAAACUAUGGGCUGUGUCAAACAUGGUUCAAAGUCUAACCUGAGAUUUGACAAUGUGUGGCAUUAUGAGAUGUAGUAUUUGUAGAAUAGAGAUUAAAGAUUAUGUGUCCACCUAUUCACACAGGAAGCAGUAGAGGAGCUGAGGUCAUUACUGUUGCAGUCUGUUUACUGUCCUGACAGCCGGGGACGAUGGUGGGACAGGCUGGCUCUGAACCUUCAUCAGCACUUGAAAAAACCAGAACAAGUAAGCAGUAGAGUCUGUCAUGGCAUUGAACUUACAACUCAUACAUUUUUGCUUGCCUGAUUGUGUCUUUUUCCUUUUUCUGAAAGGCUAUUUGUGCUAUCAGAGAUGGUCUUUCAGACCCUCUAGUGCGGACCGGACAUAAACUGUCUCUUCACCAGAGAGCUGUCAGGAUGAAAGAGUCUGCGAGCUUCAAGAAGUUCCGCCUGCGGCUCAAAGAACUGCCCACAAUAGAGGUCCAAGAUGUCAGACAUGUGAGUCCAGCGUAUUAUUAAAACUACACAGGGCAGAAAAGCAAACUGUGUUAAAUUGGUUGGUGUAUGUAGAGAAAUGGUUUACAAAUGAAUGGCUUUACUUUUGUCUGCAGGUAACAAUCCGGGGACAGUUGUUCCCUCAUGAGGGGGGUACAGGGAAAUCAAGGUUUCUAAUACCAGCUAAUGGAGAGGGAGAAGAGGAUGCUAAUGCUACUGUUAUCUGCUCGGUGGAAGAGCUGUCUUUAGCACAUUACCGCCAACAAGGUUUUGAUCAAGGUAAGCUGUUUUUCUACACCUGUAAAAAAAAAAAGUGUUUAAAUGCCCUUUAAUUAUGAUUGCUAUGUGUUGUGUUAAUGUAACAGGAAUCCAUGGAGAGGGCUCCACUUUCUCAACAUUGUUUGCUCUCCUCCUGUGGGAUGUCAUCUUCAUGGAGGGUGUUCCAGAUGUUUUUAGGAAUCCAUAUCAGGUAAAGAGAGCUUUACUAAGCCUUUAAAUACUUUAUAUGUUUGUUUGUUGUUGUUUUCCUCAGAUUAUCCACACAUCUCUACCAUCAUAACUCCUCUCCCUCUUCUCUCUCAGACAUGUCCACUGGAUCUUUACACUGACUGUUUCUAUGAGAACAGAAAAGAAGCGAUCGAUUCUCGGGUGCAGUUAAUCUGUGAGUCAUCUGCAGAGACUCUGCAUGACAUGCUAGGAGAUGUCUGGACCACCCAGGAGGGUAAAGUGUGUUCACUGGUCAAUUGGGAGCGUUUUUCAUCACUUCAACAGGCACAGGUAUUUCCUGUCACUCUUACAUUUGCAACCUGUAAAACACCUGAAAAAUUUAAUGCACUUUAUUGCAAAGCUCAACCACAAAUUACACUUUUACAAAGAUGAUUGUUUCGGUUUUCAGUGGUCUUUGAGGUUUUAGUUUGCAGUCGUGUUAAUCUGUCCAUUAUUACACGAAGAUGUGUUUUGACAUUUUUCCACAGAAAUGGAAGGCAUAAGAUGUUUGCUACACUUCAAAUAAUUUCAGUACAGAGCAAAUAUAUCAUUAACUAUGAGCCUAAUAAUAACCAUUUAGUUGAAUCAAUACCUUUUCAUUAGAGAUAGAGCCAUUGAUCAGUAGGUCAAUAAAUCGGGCUGAUUAAUGGCACUUUGAAAUAAUCUGCUUCACAUCAGUGUCAGGGGUCACAACACUGAAGUCACCAUUGUCUUUUUUAAAUGAUAAUAAGUUUCCUAUCUGAAAAGACAGCAUCUUAAUUAUAAAAAAGCAACCGACCAAGUAUUAUAAAUUCUAGUGAAAUGUGUAGAUUAAAGCAGUAUAAUAUUGCUUCUGACAUAAAUAUCAAUCACAUUCAGAAAUCUACAGCAUAAACCAGUAAAUUUUCUAUGUCAUGUUUUGUUUGUCUUUUCUAUUUUUUCAUUUUGUUAAUAACAGAUGGCUGGGUAGAAAUGAAAUGGCUCUUUAGUGAAUAGUUUUCUGUAUGCAUUUAUUUGACAGGAUGUUCAUUCAACUCAAGUGAUUUUCCUCUUUAUUUGUUAGAAUUGAUUUUUUUUUUUUGUCAAAUACUAAGAAUAUCUAAAUAAAACAAUGACAUCAGAAUUAUAUAUUAGCAACCAGUUGACCUGCACUAUGAACCUGCACAAUAAAACUGAUAUCUGUCAACCAAUACUUUUUAUGUGAACAUCUCAUGGUGCAUUUUAAAACUGUAAAAAUAUUUAGUGUUUCUCAUUUUAUCUACCUGCUUUACAUAUCUGCAUGUUAUGAUACAGGAAACCAGAACUUUAUUUACAUGUGAUACUGAACCGCUUCUCUAUAUUUACAGUCCCUUGUUUCAUGCCUGGGUGGACCCUUUCUAGGAGGGGUAAUAGCUAGAAUGUCAAAGGACUACAGACACUGCCGCGGAGGUUUGCCUGAUCUAGUAGUGUGGAACACUUCAAACAACACCUGCAAGGCGAGAUCAUACCUCAUACUACCUCUGCAAAUUUUGCCUUCCUGUCAUACAUUACUGUUUAAAUCAUCACCACAUGAUUCAUUGUGCCCUUUUCAAUGUGAGAUGAAAUUUGUUAUUGUUUCAGCUGGUGGAGGUGAAGGGGCCAAGUGACCGCUUGUCCCAGAAGCAGCAGAUCUGGCUGGAUGAGCUGCGGAAACUGGGGGCUGAUGUGGAGGUGUGUCAUGUGGAAGCUACUGGAGCCAGAGGAGCUCGUUUGGAAUGAACAGACACUGAAAAAAGACUGAUAUGAUUUCUCUGCUAACUUAUCCAAGUGUGGUCAGUAUCAAAACAUUUGCAGACAUGGUUUCUGAAAAUAAGACCUGAGAGCUUUUUCUGAUUCUGGUUAUCUUAGUCAAAUGUUUACUUCUGUUUUUUCUUCUUUUUUCCAAAAUUCAUGUAAAAAAAUAAGAAUUUUGUAUGGGUUUUGGGAAUGUUAUUGUUAGGUGUUGAAAGUCGCUGAAUUGACCAAAAGAUGUGCAUCGUGAUGAGGAUGAGAACUCCCUGGAUCAAAAAUAGCUUGUGCAGAUUAUCAGAGCGGAUGCAUGACAGGAAAUGGAUUCAACAACCACGCCAAGCUGACGGUGUUUUUCCUAUAAACAUUGCUUUCUCUUGUUCUUAAGUUGCUAAGCAACAGAAACUCACAAUAGGUCGGCUGAUUAUAAGUUGUAUAAAACUCUACGAGUUACUCAAGUAAUUACUGUUGUAAUUUGCCAACAAAUAUGUACUGUUUGACCACCACAAAUCUAAAUGUUCAAAAGUGGAAUGUUAAAAAUAAAAGGCUGAAAUAAAUUAUUUGAACCAUGUUAUGUUUCUUUUUUCUUUUAAAUGAAUAAAUAAUUGUUUGGUCUACUAUAAAAUUAGGAUAUAGUGAAACUGCCUCAAAAAUUUUCAAAGAUGACUUUGUUACUUGUGCCAUUGCUCAUGUGGUCCAAUCAAGUGUUCUGUUCUACGCUGCAGUCUGCUGGGGAGGAAGCAUCAAAAACAAAGAUGCAAGACGUCUUAACAAACUGUGGCUGGACUCAGUGGAGGAUGUGGUGGAGAGAUCUACACUGAGGAAGGUGGAGACUAUUCUAAAGAACAUGGAUCACCCACUUCACAACACCUUGAUGGACCAAAGGGCCAAUGGUGGCGGACGGCUCCUCUCUCUUUGCUGCAGGACAGAAAGAUUCAGAAGAUCUUUUGUACCAACAGCCAUCAGGCUUUUUAACUCUUGUGUAAAUAAUAGAUAACUUAUGUCUUCUUCUCUUAUCUGAUCGUAUCUUAUCAGAUCCAAACCCCAAAUUAUUCAGCUAAACUCAGUUACACAAAAAAAUGAUGAAUUAAACCAAAAUUGAGAGGUUACUUGUAAAUAAACUAUUUCAUAAAAUGUUAUUUUUGCCUAAAGAACUUGAGAUGUGUUGGUGCAGCGGGUAGUAGAUUGACAGUGAUUGCUGUAUAAUGGCUGGUGAGGUUGAAAAAUUAUUGGAUGGUAAAAGUUAUUAUCUCAAUAACUUAAUUUCCUUCUAGUAUGAAAUAAUAAAAGACAACUUU